AUGGCUCGGGUCAUCGAAGCACCUCCGAUUGACGAAGAAGAAACCCAAAGGAUUUACGAAUGGAUCGACGAUAUUCCUCUUUCCAGACCAAAACGCAAUAUCACAAGAGACUUCGCUGAUGGUGUCAUGAUGGCAGAAGUAAUAAAGCACUUCUAUCCUAAGCUAGUAGAAAUCCAUAACUAUCCCCAAGCUCAUUCAGUCCAGCAAAAGGUCACUAACUGGAACACACUUAAUGUGAAAGUAUUUCGGAAAAUGGGCUUCCAAAUUGCGCGCACUGACAUUGAUAACAUAGUUAACUGCAACCCAGAAACCAUUGAAAGAGUAUUAAAAGUGGUUCAAGAUAAAAUAAAUGAGUACAAAGACAGAAAAAGUGAACAAGAAACAAGCCCAGUUGUCCAAGAAGCCAGACUACAAGGACUAGCAAGGCCAAAAGCCCAGGCACAGGGCCAGUCAGAAGUCAGAGUGCAGCCUGCAAAUAACGCUUUGAGAGAAAAAGAACAAGUGAUCAGCGAGCUAAAAGAAACUAUUGAAAUUAUGGAAAAUAAAAUUGCAAAACUUGAGCAGUUAGUGAAAUUGAAGGACUCAAAAAUCCAGAUUUUGACUAAUAAGCUACAAGCUGCAGGUUUAAGUUAA